UGCUCCACAUGCUAAGAAAAUUAUUUUGUUGUGAUAUUUCUCAGAGCAAUGUCGUUUUUCAUAAGAAGCGGUAGAGGCAGAGGAGGAACUGCAAAGGGGUCGAAACGCAAGAUUGACAAAAGUAGUAAGCCACAGAAAAAUGGUACAACAAUACCAAACAAGAAGAAAAUUAAAACAAAGUUUCAGUCAGGAGGAGAUGAGGAAAUCCCCAGUGACUCAGAUGAAAUAAAUAGUGAAGAAGAAACUUAUACUAAAGGAAAAUCCCAUCAGUACAGCACAGAUGAGGAAGAGGAAGAAGAGACUGCUCAAGAGAAAAAAUUACGGCUUACCAAGCAGUAUUUAGCUCAGCUGGAAGCAGAAGAGGCAGAAAAAACAGACGAUGAGGAAGGUCAUGAUUUAGUAGGAGAGAGACUCAAAACAGACAUAUUAGAGCAGGCAGGAAAACUACAGAGAAAAUUGGCAGAUGAGUAUGUCCAACCAUCACCAGAUGACAUCACAUUGUUAAGAGGACACCAGUUAGCUGUCACCUGUCUAGUCAUCACACCUGAUGAGAAACACGUCUUCAGUGGCUCUAAAGAUUGUUCUAUUGUGAAAUGGAGUUUGGAGUCUAAGAAGAAGGUUCACACUAUCCACGGUGGUCGUAAGGGGACAGAGGACAGACAUGUGGGUCACACGUCACAUGUCUUAUGUCUGGCUGUGUCAUCUGAUGGAACAUUCCUGGUAUCUGGGGACAGAAACAAAUUAAUACAUGUUUGGAACCCUGACACAUGCCAGUUACUGCAUACAUUCACUGGACAUAGGGAUGCAGUGUCUGGUUUGGCAUUUAGACGCGGAACACACCAGCUUUUCAGUGCAUCACAUGACAGAUCAGUGAAAAUAUGGAACUUGGAUGAGAUGGCAUACGUGGAGACAUUAUUUGGUCACCAGGACAGUAUCAGUGGUAUAGACAGUGGUACGCGGGACAGGGCUGUCACGUCAGGGGGGAGGGAUGGGACGGUCAGAAUAUGGAAAGUUGUGGAAGAGUCACAACUGGUCUUCCACGGCCACGGUGGUUGCAUAGACUGUGUUGCUUUGAUCAAUGAGGAACAUUUUGUGUCUGGAAGUGACAAUAAUUCACUUUCGCUGUGGUAUGUGCAAAAGAAGAAGCCAAUCUGUACAGUGCAAAAUGCCCACCCUGGCAGUGAAGAUGGGGACCCCACUGUAAAAAAUGAAAACUGGAUAACGUCUGUUGCAGCAAUACCAAAUUCAGAUCUGAUUGCAUCAGCAGGUUCUAAAGAUGGCUGCCUGCGACUGUGGAAGGCAGAACAAGGCUUCAGGGAACUAACUGUCCACCAUGUGAUACCUGUGCGUGGUUUUAUAAACUGUGUGCAGUUCUCUUCACAAGGCAACUAUUUGGUGGCAGCGGUGGGACAGGAACAUAAACUAGGAAGAUGGUGGAGACUGAAAGACGCCAAGAAUGGUGUUUGUAUCAUCAGACUGAGGAAAAAGAAUGCAACAUGAUGCUCACAAAUUUGACUUGAAUAUUUUUAUUGCUCUGAGUUUCAAGAGGUCUUCUUCAUGAUAAUGAAUGCAACAUUUUUGCAGUUUUUUUUAACAAUCAUGAAGAUAGUCCCACAUUCAUCCUUUCAUAUUAGUUAUUUUUAUCUUGGGAUAAAAAUUACCCUUUUUUAUUAAGCCAAACUUAACGAAAUAAAUCAAGCAUCCCUCUAGCAGGAUACGAGGACAGCCCCCCCUCCCCCCAAAAAAAAUCACAUGGAAUACAAAUAUUAAAUUAAAUGUAUAAAGUUCAAAUCCUUUCAGUCAUUCUCUGCAACUUCAAAAUAGUGAGUAUUUAUAUCAUUAAAGAAUUAUUUUAUCCUCAUUUCAUUUGCAUGGAGUACAAGUACAGAAAAUGUUUUUAAAAAUUUAGGUCCGAAUAGGCAAAACUGUUCACUGCAAUACGGAUAACGUGCUCAGUAAAAACUACUCAUAACUAGUACUGCAGGUAAGUGUUCAAACAAAUCAAAUAUAAGGUUCUUACUUGCCAGAUGCAUGUAUACCUAAGCCAUGAAAUACUGUAUGGAGCGUCAAGGCAGUUCAUCAACGAAGUAAAAUUAUUUUAAUAAGAAAUGAUGUACAGUUCAUAUUUUGUAUCUGUAUUUAGAGGGAUGUAUUUAAUGCAA